UAUAGAUAUGUUUGAUAUGUACCUUUUUUGAAAUUUAAAAUUUCAUUAUUAGGGUCGAACAUGGAUUUUCAAAUCUUCAUGAUGUUUUUGACAUUGGAAUUACAUCUUCUGAAAAAAUUUAGAGGUGCAUCGUACUUGUAUAGCAUAUGGUCGUCACUUUAUACAAACUUGAUCCCUUUCGUGGAGUAGCCAAACAAAAUUUUUAGUAAAUGUAAUGAAACACAAUUUUUCAAUACUUGGUUUAGUGGGUGCAUUAUUCACCAAACAGAUUCGUGUCGGAAUAUUGAGUUGGGGACUGUAUCAAGCCUCGAUCACGCUGAAUCGGUGAUCAACAAAAUAUUAAAAACUGAACGAAACAAUAUAGAAAUCAAAAUUGGGGUGCAUGCCGUGAUAGAUAUUCCUCAAAAAUCUUUUUUUUCAAAUUAUAAAUCCAAAAAAAGGUUUUUUUUUUUUAAGAAUAGGUGUUCGAGUAAAAUGAUUUUAUUCAAGUAAUUUUGUUGAUAAAUUGAUUGAAUUUUUCUGUGUGUUUGACCAUCCAAGGGAUAUUUUCACUUUUUUAACUGAUCCAAAAUCCAAUUUUCUUUGGAUGAAGUUUCUACAAGGCUUAGGUUUUAUGAAAACAAAAUAAAGCCUCACUUCAAAUCCUUGUCCGAAAAGCACUUCGAUAACGAAAUCUCCUGAUGGCUCUAAAAUCAAUAUUCAACACAGGGAAUAAAAUUUGAAACUAAAAAAAAUGUACUGAUCAUAUAGAUCUUUGCAUACUUAUUUUUAGAGUGAAAUAGAUGGUUUAGAUAAUUAUUAUAAUGUUUAUUAUUUUUAAAACUUGAAAUCCGAAAUUUUUUUGAUAACUAUAAUGUUCAAAGUGAGAUGAUCAACGUAAAGGUUUUCCAAAUACUUGCAAUUUUCCACGAGAUAUGAGGUCAGACUUUGCAUAUUUUGAUAGGGCUGCAGGCCUAUCAAACCAUUUCCUUUUUGUUUUAGUGUUAGGUUUUGCUCGCGUGCAAUACACUGGAAAUGUAGAAAAUUUUGGUAGUAAAAGAAAAAUGGAACCUCCUUCUUCAAAAAGCACUCAUCCUCCCUCAAUUCAUCAGAGUGACUUGGAUGAUGAAGACGACAAUGUGAAGCAGCUCGACCACUGCGCCAUCCUUUACUUGGCUCUUCAGGAUUGCCUUGUGAAUACCAACAGGAACUGGAAAUCUUGCCAACCAGAGGUGCGGGCCCUGAAAGCAUGCCAUGAGAAGAAGAAGAUAGUACAGAAAGAGGACUCUGCCCAUAACUGAGUGUUUGCUUUGGUGAUCUUGAAUUACAAUUAGCUCUAAUUCCUCUCUCGCUCUCUCACAUUGUGUAAGCAGUGUUCGAACCCAGGUUGCGAGAAAUUUUGUGAUGUCAGAAAAACAAGAAAAGAAAAAAGUUGGAAGGACAAAUGCCUUUCAGUUGAGCUAAGGGCAUGUACCCAAAAUUUCCAAUUGCGAGAAAAAAGAAAUAAACUAAAAAAUGGUGAUGU